AAAGAGGAAGCGCUUGUGUGGUUUAAAGGGGACUGUACACAAACAUGUCGAUGUGUUAAGCUCUCUUAAAAUGAAAAGCUUGAAGUAAGAAUCUAGGAAUCAAAGGCAAAUCAAUAAAACUAAGAAAUCACCCCUGAUGUGCAGAAUGGAAACUAUUUCUCGUUGAACUAUAUGUUCAGUCUUUGCUUAGGCAAAGCAGUAAGGAGCUUCUCCACAUCAUCCAUCCCAGUUCUUUGUAGGCUAUCUUUAUUACGCCGUCAAUAUCUCCACUGCUCUAGGAUUGUAAUAUUUAGUUGGGACUUUCCUUCUAGUCCCAGUAGCAUCUCUUUCUGUGUGCCACAAACACGACGAUUUACUCUCGGCUCUGGUUCACAUUUCCACACUUCCUGGCCAAAUAAGUUGCAAAGUAACCAGCCAGAGAUGGCGGAGCAAAGAUUCUGUGUAGAAUAUGCCAAACGUGGCACUGCAGGCUGCAAGAAAUGCAAAGACAAGAUUGUGAAGGGAGUGGUCCGUAUUGGCAAGAUAGUGCCAAAUCCAUUCAGCGAGUCUGCUGGAGAAAUGAAAGAGUGGUACCAUGUGAAAUGCAUGUUCGAGAAGCUUGAGAGAGCUCGUGCCACCACAAAGAAAAUCGAAGACAUCACAGAACUGGAGGGAUGGGAGGAGCUUCAGGAUGAGGAUAAAGAACUUAUCAAUAAACAUGUUUCAGAAUUGGCAGCCAAAACCAAUGCAAGUCCGAAGAAAAAAGUGCAAGCCAAGUUAAACAACAGCGGACAGGUGUCAGGACCACAAGCUGACCCAACUGUUAAUGCCCCUCGCAAGUUUUCAGGCUUCACAGCUACCAAGGCUGGUUCUUCAUCCUCCAGUCCUGGGCCAUCUCCAGCGAAACCCUCUCAGGGCAGUGCUUUAUCAGCUAAGCUAUGUGACUCAAAUCAUAAAGACUGCUUACUGCGAGAGUUUCGCAAACUGUGUGCCUUAGUGGCAGAGAAGUCAGGUUACAAUGCAAAGACUGAGAUUAUCAGGGAUUUCUUGACAAAAGGCUCUGGUGGAGAUAAGUUUAGAGGAGAUCUGUACCUGACAGUGAAGCUGCUUCUCCCAGGAGUGGUGAAGAAUGUCUACAACCUCAAUGACAAACAAAUUGUAAAGCUUUUCAGCCGCAUAUUGAAUUGCAGUCAGGAUGAAAUGGUGCAAGAUCUGGAACAGGGAGAUGUUUCAGAGACUGUGCGGAUGUUUUUUGAGGCCAGCAAAUCUUUCCCCCCAGCAACCAAAAGCCUUCUGACCCUUCAGGAAGUGGAAGCUUCACUGAAUCGUCUUGCCCAGCUCACCAAGGAAGAUGAUCAGCAGACAGAACUACAAGAUAUUGCUAAAAAAUGCACCGGAAAUGACCUGAAGUGUUACAUCCGUCUGGUCAAACAUGAUCUGAAAAUAAACUCUGGUGCUAAGCAUGUCCUGGAUGCUGUCGAUCCCAAUGCUUACGACGCCUUCAAAGCCUCUCGUAACCUUGGAGAUGUAAUUGACAGGGUUCUAAAGAACCACCAAGAUGCCGCCAACGGGACGGGGCCCAGAAAGAUCCUUAGUGUGGAGGCGUCUUUGAUGACACCUGUACAGCCAAUGCUGGCAGAGGCAUGUAAAUCCAUUGAGUAUGCCAUGAAGAAGUGUCCCAAUGGCAUGUACUCCGAAAUCAAGUAUGAUGGUGAGCGAGUACAGGUCCAUAAGAACGGAGAUCACUUCAGUUACUUCAGUCGUAGUCUCAAACCAGUACUCCCACACAAGGUUGCUCAUUUUAAAGACUUCAUACCGCAGGCAUUUCCUGGUGGUAAUAGCAUGAUUCUUGAUGCUGAAGUUCUACUUAUUGACACAAAGACUAGUAAACCGCUACCCUUUGGAACUCUUGGAGUGCACAAGAAAGCUGCUUUCCAGGAUGCUCAAGUGGGUCUUUUUGUGUUUGACUGCAUUUAUUUUAAUGGCAUAAGCCUCAUGGACAAACCCCUCUGUGAGAGAAGAAAGUUUCUUCAUGACAAUAUGGUGGAAGUACAGAACAGGAUUCUGUUCUCAGAAAUGAAGCAUGUUACGAGAGGUGCUGAUUUGGCAGAAAUGAUCACACGUGUCAUCAGAGAGGGACUGGAGGGAUUGGUUCUGAAAGAUGUCAAGGGCCUUUAUGAGCCAGGAAAGCGUCACUGGUUAAAAGUAAAGAAGGAUUAUCUGAAUGAAGGAGCGAUGGCAGAUACUGCUGAUCUUGUUGUGCUUGGAGCUUUCUAUGGCAAAGGCUCAAAUGGUGGAAUUAUGUCAAGUUUCCUCAUGGGCUGCUAUGACCCAGAAUCCAAGAAGUGGUGCACCGUGACCAAGUGUUCCGGAGGCUAUGAUGACGCAACCUUAGCCAGACUGCAGAAGGAGCUGGAUGUUAUCAAAAUCGGCAAAGAUCCAAGCAAGAUACCAGGGUGGUUGAAGAUUGUCAAGAACUAUUAUCCAGACUUUAUUACCCGAGAUCCACAAAAAGCACCAGUUUGGGAAAUCACAGGAGCAGAGUUUUCUAAAUCAGAAAUGCACACAGCGGACGGCAUAUCCAUCCGCUUCCCUCGCUGCACGCGGAUGCGAGAUGACAAAGAUUGGAAAACCGCCACUAAUCUUCAGCAGCUCAAGGAACUGUAUCGCAUCUCCAAGGAAAACUGUGAUUUUGAGGUGACAGCCGGUCCAUCUAAAACCGGCCGGAAUGACAAGAGCUCCUCAGGAGGUGAGAGCGGUGGCAGCUCUCCCUCAACAUCUUCUACUAUAGCAUCUACGGCGAACAAACCCAAAAACGGUCAUACCCCCAAAGCAAAGAUGGUGAAAUCCGAACCACCCUCACGAGCAGUUAAGAGGACACUACCACCUGAAAAACAUCAUGCAAAGAAGAUAAAAACCGAAGCUGUUCACAGCAAUGGAGAAGGCAAACUCAACACAUCAAUUCAAACAUCCCACCCAAAGAAUGAAAAGACUUUACUGGACAUUUUUACAGGGGUGAAGCUCUACCUUCCCGAGUCGGUUCAAGACUUUGCUAAGCUCCGACGCUACUACUUGGCAUAUGAUGGAGACUUAGUGCCAGAGUUUGACUCGCGUUCAGCCACACACACGCUGACAGAGCCAGAGGGGGACAGUCAAAGCCAGAAAGUCACUUCCAACUGGAUCUGGGAAUGUAUACGCAAGAGAAGAGUGGUUCCUCCCUGUUGAACUCGAUGAAUAGGAUACUCCACGUAGGCUAGUGUGAAGCUCAGGCAUUUUCCCCUGUAUUGACGGUGCUCCUAAGAGAACGGUAAACUUGUUACCCGUUACUCACAUUUACAGCAAUAAUGCUGUUGAAACAGACUGGAUUGAACAAACUUUUUCUAAUUUGUUUCUCACGUUUUCAUUAACAGCUUUACCAUAUUGUGGUAUUGCGCACAAUGUGUUAGAAAACUGCUGUCUACUAGAUUUUCAGAUUUGUUUUGGUUUUGACGUUGCAGUCCAGCUAUGAAUUUCUCAUAUUUAUGAUUUUUAGACUUUCAGGUGUUACGCUUGAUUGUCAUUUUUUAAAGUCAUGAUGCAGCCAUGUAUCUGCGUCUACAACAUUGUUUUUUCUUAGGUUUACACUUGGGUACAAGAUAGGUAAUAAGCAGUACAAUAAUGAUGCCCAUGAAGUAUGAUUGGGAAAUCGAUAAUUAUGUAGAAUACAAACCCGGUUAGAGCCCUGUAGUUCAGUAAUGGUAGGGAUGUAUGAAUACAACAAUCAUUCUCAUUAAAGCAAGUCUUUAAUGCACAAAUUAAGUUGAUUUGUGCCUACUUUUAGCCAGGCUAGGACACUACAAGAGAUCUACAGUUUAUGACGACUGAAAAUAUUGUAAUUUUCUACAUCUGUUAAAAACGACAUCAUUUUUUAUCCAAUCAUGGUGAUGUUAUUAAUCCAAACUGUGGGGUCCAUUUUAAGUACUGGAAAAGUUACUCAUUGUUCCUUUAAACCAACUCCAAAAUGAUCAAGGUGCCAACACUGUGUCAUUUUAAUGAGAAUUUUUUUGACAAUUAAAGACGUAAUACAGAAGAAUCAGUUUGUUAAUUCAAAGACAAACAACCUUGUUUGUUAAAAAACUGAAACAUUUUGAUGUAGCAAAACAAACUAACACACAG